AUGGAGGUGGGCUUGCGGCUACGCGCUCUCGCCCACAGCCGCGCGGCAUUCGCCGGAUUUUCAGCGGCCGCGCACGGCUGCAGGCAUCGCCAACCGUGCCGCGUAGCCUCUUCAUCUGCCUCCUGUUCCCUUGCAGUUGCUUCCAGCGGCAAUGGAGCCGCGGCUGGACCCGUGGGGAGCGGCGUGGAGGUCGCGCGCGCCAAGAGGAUGCUCCAUGUGGUGCUGGUUUCCCCUCUGAUCCCAGGAAAUACAGGAUCUAUUGCAAGGACUUGUGCAGCUUCAGCAGUUGGCCUCCAUCUUGUCGGGCCAUUGGGUUUUCAUGUGGAUGACACAAAACUUAAGCGUGCUGGAUUGGAUUAUUGGCCAUAUGUUGUCGUUAAGAUUCAUGACUCCUGGGAUGAGUUCCGAGAUUAUUUCAUGAAGCAGGAUGGGCAAAAAAGAUUGUUGGCAUUUACCAAAAGAGGCACCCACAUUCAUUCAGAUUUCUCAUAUAAGCCUGGGGACUGGCUAGUAUUCGGGUCCGAGACAAAAGGGCUACCAGAGUCCGCCCUGGAAGACUGCUCCGGAGAAGCCCUGGGUGGUGGAACCAUCCGAAUUCCGAUGGUGGAAACCUAUGUCCGGUGCCUGAACCUCUCGGUGAGUGUUGGAGUAGCGCUGUACGAAGCAGCGAGGCAGCUGAACUACGAGCAGCUCCAGUACCAACCUGAUCUCCCAGAGGAAGCGCAAGGACUGUUCCCAGCAGAGGAUAUCUAUGGAUGA